GAGCUGGGUGGAAAUGGGGGGUGAGAGGAACGCCGCCCCCAAAGAAGAGUCGGGGCAGGGGCGCCCAACGCUGGGGCCCAGGCAGGUUCUUCGUCCUCACUUCCUGACCCUUUCUCAAGAGUCUAGGGACCAAAUGGAUCCAUCCUUGGAGCCUGCUUUCUACUUCUGAACACAAUGAGCAGUUUGUGUUUGAGGGUUUGGGGAGGGGGUGUUGUUUUUUCUUUAUGUUUUGUUUUUUGUUUUGUGUAUGAGUUGGGUGGCAUAACCCACACGUAAGCUGCGACGUCCAAUCAAGAACGAAAAUGACCCCUCACAAUCAGUGAUCGGGAACCACCUGCCACAAUCACUAGGGAAGUGACACAGCCGGGAAACUCCGCCCCUCACACCCCCGCGCGCUCGCGCCGGCCGCAGCCCCACAGCUCGCCCCGUCUCUCUCCUUCCGGAAACAAUCCCCGCGCGGGCGGAAGGCGGGGUCGGCCCUGGCCCCGCCCACAGCAUUUCCCUUCCUCGGCCCAGCCCCACAGCGCGCAGCUUCGGCAGGGUGGCUUUACGGCCGGAGGAGAGGGUGGGUCCCAGACCUGAGGUAGGAGGCCGAGCUGAGGGGCGGGGAAGAGGCUUUUUGCGGCAGGACGUAAGUGACGGCGAAGGCGGUGCGACAGCAGCUGGAGGGCAGAGGAGGCGGCGCGGGGUGUCCUGUCCUCGCCAUGAGGCCGCAGCAGGCGCCGGUGUCCGGAAAGGUGUUCAUUCAGCGAGACUACAGCAGUGGCACACGCUGCCAGUUCCAGACCAAGUUCCCUGCGGAGCUGGAGAACCGGAUUGAUAGGCAGCAGUUUGAAGAAACAGUUCGAACUCUAAAUAACCUUUAUGCAGAAGCAGAGAAGCUCGGCGGCCAGUCAUAUCUCGAAGGUUGUUUGGCUUGUUUAACAGCAUAUACCAUCUUCCUAUGCAUGGAAACUCAUUAUGAGAAGGUUCUGAAGAAAGUCUCCAAAUACAUUCAAGAGCAGAAUGAGAAGAUCUAUGCUCCACAAGGCCUCCUCCUGACAGACCCUAUUGAGCGAGGACUGCGAGUUAUUGAAAUUACCAUUUAUGAAGACAGAGGCAUGAGCAGUGGAAGAUAAACCGAAGAAUUAAAGAUCCCACUUCCAGCCGGGCCCCUCAUGUAUCCACUGGCCGACCGCAGAGUGUCCCUACCUCCUCUCCAGAGCAUCAUUCCUUUCUAUCUGCUGCCAGAGCCACGGUGCCAUUUACUCCAAGGACUCACUUUCUAAAAUUCCACACCUGGAGUGACCUCUAGUCGCUCAGCAUCCACUUUGUGUCUCCAAAUUGUGUAGGACUCUGUAAUCUUUUGAUUAGUUUCUGAGAAAACACAAUGAAGCACUUCACUUUUUUUUAUUCAAAGCCAUUUAAUAAAACACAGUUGGUCAGCCCAGUGCAAAGCUUGUAAUCUGCCACCAGUACAUACCAUUGGUUCUCUUCAUUCCUUGGGCCAGCUUCUCAGGUGGCUUUAGACCUCAACAAGCCGUAUCUUCACCAGUGUUCUAUCUUGUUCCCCUAAAUUAAUAAAAUGUUUUUCUCCAGGAUUUUGGUGAGGGUUGGCUGUGGCUGUCGUUUUGCACCUCCCAGAUUUCAAAGAAUUACCGGUUUUACCAUGACUCAAAUCUUAAGAUCUGUUUCUACUAUUCAGUUCCUCAAACUGAAGCUUAUUGGAAAAAAAAAUGUAUAAUGUUAUUUGUUUUAUUAUAGCAAUUAUUCCUAAUUAAAGCAGUAUUAAAUGCAAUUUCCAGUUAUUUCUUUGGAGAAUUUUAUGUCAUUGUUCCAUUACCUUGAAUGUUGGAAAGAUAUGAUACGUGCUGCUUGUUCAUCACAAAAAUCAGUAAGCACAAUAAAGUGGAUGCCAAACCAUCAGACACAUAGAUGUUCCCGCUGUGUCCCUGGAUAUGGAAUAAGCAGGUAUAAAAAAUAUUUUAAUUAUAGUUUUGUUAUAAAUAUAACUUAUGAGAAAAAUUUGAUAGGAAUAAUACUGUAUAUUACUAAUUUUUAACUAUCCCUAAGGCAAACCUUAUGACCCACAGAAUUUUCUUAUAUACAGUAUUCAGUGCACAGAAAUCUUAUGAUUGGCUCAAGUACAGUAAGUUACUUCUCAGUAAAACUCUCAAGUCUGAGUCCAUAUUUGUAGCUCUGCUUUUGGCUGUACGUUCCUAGGAUCGGGGCUGCUUAUGCCUUUCGUUUAUCCUUGGGGUUUGAGAGCACUGUAUUUGGGAGAGAGUUUAAAAAUACAUUAGGAGAGAGAAACCAUUAAAAGUUUCACUGUCAGAGAUAUUGUAGGUGCUAAUACUGGAUUUCGUCUCAGAUUUAAUUUCUUUUAUGGGUCUGUUAGUCAUUCAACAAAUCCCAUAAGUAUGUGUUAAUAUUUUAAUUGUGUAAAACUCAUUUGUUACUUUACAGCCUGUAAUAGUGUGUCUGCAUUUUCAACCUGUUGCAAUAACUUUGCUGAAAUAUUAACACAUUAAUAAAACUUUUCUUAAACAAA